AUGGAUGUUAAAAGACAUCCGAGUUCAUUCCAACAAUUGGAGAAGCUUGGAGAGGGUACAUAUGCAACGGUAUUUAAAGGUCGAAACCGACAAACUGGCGAACUUGUAGCGCUUAAGGAAAUACAUUUGGACUCUGAAGAAGGUACACCGUCCACAGCGAUACGCGAAAUAUCUUUGAUGAAAGAAUUGAAGCACGAAAAUAUUGUCAGCUUACACGAUGUUAUUCAUACGGAGAACAAACUCAUGUUAGUCUUUGAAUACAUGGAUAAAGAUCUUAAGAAGUACAUGGACACCCAAGGAGACAGAGGCGCAUUGCCACCAGCUACAAUUAAAUCUUUUAUGCACCAGCUGCUCCUAGGCAUAGAUUUUUGUCAUUCCAACAGAGUUCUACACCGUGAUCUAAAACCUCAGAACCUUUUAAUCAAUACUAAAGGUCAGCUAAAGCUGGCAGAUUUUGGUCUUGCUAGAGCCUUUGGGAUUCCUGUCAACACGUUUUCCAACGAAGUUGUUACUUUGUGGUACCGAGCACCAGAUGUAUUACUAGGAAGCCGUACAUAUAACACCAGCAUUGAUAUUUGGUCUGCAGGGUGUAUAAUGGCUGAAAUGUAUACUGGUCGACCACUCUUUCCAGGUACAACCAAUGAAGAUCAACUUCUACGAAUCUUCCGAAUAAUGGGCACACCAUCCGAACGUACUUGGCCUGGUAUUUCUCUUUAUUCUGAGUAUAAACAAAAUUUCCAAAUCUAUGCAACACAAGACUUGAGAAACUUCCUACCUCAAAUCGGCCUUCACGGGCUAGAUUUACUUCAGAGAAUGCUUCAAUUACGACCUGAAUUAAGGAUUAGUGCCCAUGACGCGUUACAGCAUCCCUGGUUCAAUGAUUUAAGAGGACAGAUGAGGUUAUCUCAACACCCAAUGGGAUUACACCACUCGCAAAGGGAUUAUGCGCCUCACGGAAUGAUCGGCCAUGGUGACUAUGGAUACUAG